AGGGCUUCGCUUCCGGCUCCGAGCUGCCGUCCCAAGAUGGCGCCGCUGGACCUGGACAAGUACGUGGAGAUCGCACGGCUCUGCAAGUACCUGCCCGAGAAUGACCUCAAGCGCCUGUGCGACUACGUGUGCGACCUGCUGCUGGAGGAGUCCAACGUGCAGCCCGUCUCCACGCCCGUCACCGUCUGCGGGGACAUCCACGGGCAGUUCUAUGACCUGUGCGAGCUGUUCCGGACCGGCGGGCAGGUGCCUGACACCAACUACAUCUUCAUGGGUGACUUUGUAGAUAGAGGUUACUAUAGUCUUGAGACUUUCACUUAUCUUCUCGCACUAAAAGCUAAAUGGCCCGAUCGUAUCACACUGUUACGAGGCAAUCAUGAAAGCAGGCAGAUAACGCAAGUGUAUGGAUUUUAUGAUGAGUGCCAAACCAAAUACGGAAAUGCUAAUGCUUGGAGAUACUGUACCAAAGUCUUUGACAUGCUCACAAUAGCAGCUUUAAUAGAUGAGCAGAUUCUCUGUGUGCACGGUGGCUUGUCUCCAGACAUCAAGACACUGGAUCAGAUUCGAACCAUUGAACGUAAUCAAGAAAUUCCUCAUAAAGGCGCCUUCUGUGACCUGGUUUGGUCUGAUCCUGAAGAUGUAGAUACGUGGGCCAUCAGUCCGCGAGGAGCGGGUUGGCUGUUCGGUGCUAAGGUGACAAAUGAGUUUGUCCACAUCAACAACCUGAAACUCAUCUGCAGAGCGCAUCAGUUGGUUCACGAAGGCUAUAAGUUCAUGUUUGAUGAGAAAUUGGUAACGGUGUGGUCUGCUCCCAAUUACUGCUAUCGCUGCGGAAACAUUGCUUCAAUCAUGGUCUUUAAAGAUGUAAAUACAAGAGAACCAAAGCUAUUCCGCGCAGUCCCAGACUCAGAACGAGUGAUCCCUCCCAGGACAACCACCCCCUACUUCCUCUGAGCCGCCCCCGCCUGCUGCCCCUGUCCCUCCUUCUGCCCCUUGACAAUAUACUUUUUAUUGAGCACUUUGCUGCUGAAAUGCUGCCUCUGGCCUUUUUUAUUUUUAAAUUAUCUAAAUUUAUUGUGCAUUACGGUGUCUGUAGCGAUUUCCUUUUUCCCCUCCUCCCCCGGAUUGAUUCGGGCGGAGCUGCACCGCGCCUCCGGCAUUCCGAGCGCCGCUCGCCGGGCCGAGACGAAGCGUUUCUGUUUGACGACGGCGGCGCCCGGGGCCGCGCUCAUCCCUGAGUGCCGCUGAGCUUUUUUGUUUCCUGUAGAUUUUAAGAGGUUUCAGCAGCAAAGUUCCCGCAGCCGAGGCCGUUCGCGCGGGGCCGUCGGGCCGCAUCGCCGCGCGCCGCCCGGUGCGCCGCCGCCCCUCAUUUGUACAUUAAAGGAAUUGUUCUGAUUUU